AUGGUCAUAAUGAGAGAGAUUCAUCAAAGUAAAGCUUCGGACCCACGAAAGAUACAAAUAAUUUCAUUUAAUCACGCCCUUAGAAACUUGCGCCCUUCUCACAAGCUUAAAAUUCCAUGCCUUGUUAGCCGUUUCUCGCGUCCAGUACUAACUCAGUAUUUAGUCCUGUUUAUGCUCCAUUCUUUGGUGCCAUUGGCUGUGCAGCUGCCAUCGUCUUCACCUGUUUCGGUGCUUCAUACGGUACUGCUAAGUCAGGUGUUGGUAUUUGUGCCACAUGCGUCUUAA